AUGGCGGAACCAAGCCCUGCCGUUCAUGCCACCGUGGACCUGAUGAUCCUCGACUACCUGGUUUGCCUGUGUAUUAGCGGGAUCAUAGAAGCAAUUCAUCAAGCAAGACCAACCGAAGAUAUUGAAUGGUCUGCUCUCUUGGUUGAACAAUUCCACCGGCGGCUUCUCGGUCAUCGUCUCGAAGGCCCCUUGCCCUGGGACCUGGACUUCAAAUUGCGCAUCUUCUACUUGUCCAAUCAAUUUCUCCACUGGGACCCUCCCAAAGAUCGUGACCUCGGUCACUUUGUGCCCCCUGUCUGA